AUCCUAAUAUAAAUACACUCCCAGGCGCUCACUUCUUUCAACUUUCCUUCUCUCGAUUCUCGCGUCCACAGACAGCACUCUCCGCCCGUCCGCCGCCGCACAAUGACGGUGUUUUCAGCCAAACAAGUCUUCCCGGUGGACUACGAAGUCGAGGUCUCACGCCGCCUCCUCGAAGCUUCUCACUCCGGCGACCUAGCCCUUGCCUCCCCCUGCAUUUCCGAUCCCUUCGUCGACGUCAACUUCACCGGCGCCAUCACGUUGAAAACCAGAAGCACUGACCUCGUUCUCCACCAUGAAUCCGCUAGCCAGGUCCGCGUUGAGUUCCAGGAGUUCGUCACCGAUGUUACGCCACUGUUCCUCGCCGUACACGCCGGAAAUGCUGGCCUUGUCCGGAAGCUACUGGUUGUGGGAGCUGAUGUAAACCAAAAGCUCUUCAGAGGCUUUGCAACCACCGCAGCAGUGAGGGAAGGGCACCUUGAUAUUCUUGAGACGUUACUCAAAGCAGGGGCAUCGCAGCCAGCUUGUGAAGAAGCACUUCUAGAGGCAUGCUGCCAUGGGCAAGCGGGGUGUGCAGAAUUGCUCAUGAACUCUGAUUUGAUCCGACCUCAUAUUGCUGUACAUGCUCUUGUCACCGCGUGCUGCAGGGGGCUUGUAGAUGUGGUUCAGACUCUCAUAAAGUGCGGUGUGGAGGUAAAUGCGACAGACCGGGUACUUUUACAGUCACUUAAGCCUUCUCUCUACACAAAUGUGGACUGUAAUGCACUUGUUGCAGCUGUAAUUCAUAGGCAGGUCCCUGUUGUCGAUUUGCUGCUGCAGAAUGGUGCUCAGCUAGACUUCGAAGUCAGACUUGGAACAUGGUUAUGGGACACUUCAAAUGGUGAAGAGCUUCGUGUUGGUGCUGGACUAGGAGAACCUUAUGGCAUCACCUGGUGCGCAGUUGAAUAUUUUGAAAGAAGUGGCGCUAUAUUACGCAUGCUUCUGCAACAUGUCUCCGUCAAUAAUUCUAACCGUGGGAGAACCCUUCUACACCAUGCUAUCCUCUGUGGCAAUGUUGAGGCUGUCAGGAUACUCUUAGAAUGUGGUGCUAAUGAAGAAUCCCCAGUCAGAACAGUCAGCAAGACCGAGUUCCUUCCAAUUCACAUGGCGUCUCAUAUUGGCUUACCAACAAUUGUUCAAUGCCUUAUUGAUUUUGGUUGUAAUUUGAACUCCAUAACGGACUCCGGUGACACAGCUUUAAUGGUUUGUGCAAAAUAUAAACAAGAGGAGUGUCUCAAAGUACUAACCAGGGCUGGUGCUGAUUUCGGGUUGGUUAAUUUGGCUGGUAAAUCUGCGAGUUCAAUUGCUGAGUCAAACAAGUGGUCACUUGGUUUUCAGCAAGCGGUGCUGGACACAAUCAGGAAAGGCAAUAUACCCAAAUCCAGCAAUGCUUCUACCUUUUCUCCUCUAUUGUUUGUAGCUCAAGCUGGAGAUACCGAGGCAUUGUCAACUGUCAUUGAAUCUGGAAAAUUUGAUCUUGAUCACCAAGAUGAUAGUGGUUUCUCAGCAGUAAUGCAUACUGCUUUGAAGGGUCACGUGGAGUCAUUUAGAUUGCUUGUAUUUGCUGGAGCCGAUGUAAAGCUGUGCAAUAAAUCUGGUGAAACAGCAAUAACCCUAUCUGAAUUAAAUCAGAACCGUGACUUAUUCGAAAAGGUCAUGCUUGAAUUCGCGCUUGAAAAGGGCAACCGUAACACUGGUGGCUUCUAUGCCUUACAUUGUGCAGCUCGUCGUGGUGACUUGGAAGCUGUGACAUUGCUCACCAGCAAAGGCUAUGAUGUGAAUGUCCCUGAUGGGGAGGACUACACUCCGCUCAUGCUAGCAGCAAGGGAAGGCCAUGGAUCCAUUUGUGAGCUUCUAAUCUCACAUGGGGCUCAUUGCAAUGCUAAAAAUGCUCGAGGGGAAACUGCACUUUCACUUGCAAGGAAGUUCCGAGGAGGGAAAAACGAUGCAGAGGCUGUUAUACUUGAUGAACUUGCUCGUAAGUUGGUAUUGGGUGGUGCCUGUGUUCAGAAGCAUACCAGAGGUGGUAAAGGCUCGCCACAUGGGAAACAAUUAAGGAUGUUGGGCUCUGCAGGUGUGCUGCGUUGGGGAAAGUCAAGGCGGAGAAAUGUGAUAUGCUGUGAGGCAGAGUUAGGGCCAAGCUCAGCAUUGGGGAGAAAUAGGCGCAAGAAAGGUGAUGCAGAUGAACCUGGAGUUUUUAGGGUGCUUACUAACAAGAACAGAGAAGUGCAUUUUGUUUGUGAAGGGGGGCUAGAAGUUGCUGAGCUUUGGGUGAGGGGUAUUAAGCUUGUAACUAGAGAGGCUAUUUUUCAUUUGUAGAGAUCGAUCUAAGUGCUUAUUUGAAAAUUCUUUUAUAAUUGAUUUUAAAGUCAAGAUCAAUUAUCAGAAGAAGCUUAUGUGAGUAGCUUCUUAGUGCUAGAAUUGAUCAUGGGGAAUGAGAGUCGAUCGAAACAUGCUAGAAGUAGCUUUAGUGUCAAUAUGGUAGGAUAUAUAGUUGCUUGGGGUAAUACUUCUUCUUGAAGUAUUUUAGCUGCUUUUCUAUUGUAAAGAUUUUGAUCUCUCUAUAAUAUUUGUACAUCCUUUUUGGGAGGUUGGGAAAGUUGAAAACAGGAAAGCUC